AUUUGAACAAAAAUGAAUGUAGAUGAUCUCAAAAACAAAUUGAAAGAAUUACAUAAAAAAUAACAGGAGAGUUUAAAUAAAAGAAAGAGUUUGAUAAAAGAAAUUAAAAGCAUGCCAUUUUAGUAAUUUUGAUAGCUUAUGAUGAUAGAAAGAAUAAUCAUAAAAUAAAGAAAUCGAGAGAUGAAAAUGAAAAGGUAUUAUAUAGAUUACUAAAUUUUGGAAGAAUUUUGAAUUAAAUCUUGAAGGUGCAAAAGAGGAACGUGCUGAAAAAUAAAAGUAGCUUGAUCAAAAAGUACCUUUAGCUUUGAAAGAGAAGGAUAGAAGAAUAGUAAAAAGUCUAUUUGGAAACCAUUUAUAAAGAGCUAAACAAGACUUAGAUGGUGAGAAAUAGAAAGUAAUUUUUAUAAGAAUAUGAAUUUAGUUGGAUAAACAAAUAGAAAUUAGCAAAAGAUUGGAAGAUAAAGAUAAAUAAGACUUGAUGGCUUUUAAGGAAGAUUAAGAUGUAUGAAAUUAAAAUUUAAGAAAUAGAAAAGAAAGGAAUAAUUAAUGAUGGAAAGAAAGUAGUUGGAGAGAGAAUUAGCAGCUGAUGAAUUUAGAAGACAAGUAUAUUUUAUAAUUAAACAUAUAUAGUAAUUAUUAUUAGAGCUAUAAUUAAAAACAAUGAGAACAUUUUUUAUCACAAAGUAAACAAUAUAAAUAAUUUUUUUAGAAAAGCUCCACAUAUAUUAUGGUAACCAGUUAAAACAAAUGAAGGGAUGAAUCCACUUAAAGAAUAUAGUAAUGAUAGAUUCAAUGUAAAGAGAUAUUAAAUAUAAAUUUUAGGAAAUGGAAAAGGAUUUGAAGGAGAAGCUACAGAAAGCAUAUUAAUAAUUUAUUGAUUUUUAAACUUAAAAAAUAAAGGAAUAACCUGUUGAAUAAGAACAUGAAAGUUCCGAAUCUGAAAGUGAAGAUUCUUAAGAGAAACCAAAGGAAUAAGGGUAAGAUUGAUAAAAAAUUAUAGUGU